AUGGUUCGCGUAAAGCAUCAAAAAUCAGGACGUCGAAAUUAUUAUCAAAAUAAAAAUUCCAAUGUUUCUCAUACUACUUCAUCUUAUAAAAAUACAAUUCAAAUCGAUCAGCAUGGAUUUUUUGUAACAUUUUGUUCAUCAAAAGAAUUAUUUGUUCGUAAUGAAGUCUAUAAUCUAUUAAAUCGUUUUGCUGAUCAAUUGUUUGGUGCAGAAUUUUCCGACGAAAAAGAAGUUGAAACAGCAGAUCUUGACGAUCUCGAUUCAGCAUUAGAAAAUGAAAAAGACAAAUUAAAAAGUUCAAAUAAAAAAGUUCGUCGUUUUCAAAUUGUGAAAUCAGGUGCGAAACAUUCUUUUUUUGUUAUAACUACACUACCCAUACUAUCGAUAAAUAAAUUAACUGAAUCAAUAUUCGAUACAACUAUACAAGCAAAAGAACAACAUAGUCGAUAUAUUGAACGUUUAUUACCUAUUUCAUUUAUAUGCAAAGCCUACGAUGACGAUCUCAGACAAUUGAUAAUAAAAAGAAAAUUUAUCGAUCAACUUUUAUCACUUGAUACUGAAAAUUCUACUGUAUGGUUUGAUGUUCAAGCUAAAAAAUCGAAUAAUACCCUACUGAAAUCAAGUCAAUUAGAAGAAAUUAUUAUUGGCGAUUUAUUAUCAAGAAAACCGGAAGAUUUAAAUGGCAAAGUAUUUAAACGUGAUUAUAAAAAGCCUCAAAUACAUAUAUUACUGCAUGUCAUUAGAAAUGUAAUACUUAUUUCAAUAGUACGAAAUUUUGAUUUGUACAAAAAAUAUAAUCUCUCUUCGAUUAAUCUUGCUGUGACAACAACAGAAGAAGGAAAACAACAGCAGCAGCAACCAACUAAGAUUAUAUUUGAAGCAGAAGAAGAAGAAGAAGAAGAUGAUGGUGGUGGUGCUGACGACGAUGCAGAGGGGGAGGGGGAGGAAAAAACAGAUAAAUAA